GUUCGUUUCCCGCCUCUUCCUCGGCCUCCAUACAUAUAUUUCUCCUCUGGUGAAAAUGCAGUUGAGAUGAGUGGUAAGCACUGGGCUGGAAGGGUGGUGGCUGCAGUACAAAUUUUGAGUUGGAGUGCCGUCAGCUGUCUACUUCUCAACAAGGGACUCACCAAUAUAAACAAUGCUACCAAGGUAGCAGAGCAAGGUAAAGAACCUCGAGGCAUGACAUCUGGCGUGGUGAUGGUAGCCACAGCAAGCUUCAUGCUACUAGUCAGUCCCACAAUACUCAUCAUCAAGUUCAUUGAAGCCAGGCGGAGGAGGAAAAGAUUACAGAUCUCCGAGGAAGACCUUCCCCCGAGCUAUGAGCAAGCCAUGCAUUCGAGUGCACCUCGAUACUCCACGCUUUUCCUCGAUGCGGGCUGUGAGGUUCACGAACAACUGCUCCGUUGCCAAGACAUCGAGCCUCAGCCCACCAUCAUACCCAUUAACCAAACCAUACCCAGAAAUAAUACCCAAACCAUACCCAACCAUAAUACCCAAACCUCACCCCAUCAACCAAUUCAUAUCCAGAAAUAACACCCAAGACAUACCUAUCCAUAAUACCCAAACCUCACCCAUCAACCAAAUCAUACCCAGAAAUAAUACCCAAACCAUACCCAAUCAUAAUACCCAAACCUCACCCAUCAACCAAAUUAUACCCAGAAAUAAUACCCAAACCAUACCCAACUAUAAUACCCAAACCAUAGCCAACUAUAAUACCCAAACCAUACCUAACCAUAAUACCCAAACCUCACCCAUCAACCGAAUCAUACCCAUUCAUAGAAUCCAAACCAUACCCAACCAUAAUACCCAUGACAGGGAGGUGACUCACACCUACACACCCCACGAGGACAAAUAGUUGGGUGGUGUGGAGUAAUCGGAUAGCACACAUGUGACCUGAAUGGAAUAAUCCUGCUACGAUGAAGUGUUUCAGGUGGCCAAGAGAAAUAAAUCUACCUCUGUGUCAACAACUUUUGCAUGGGGACUCGAAUAGUGGUGACUGACUAUUGUCAAUCUCCAUCUAUGUUAAGGACUUUCGCAUCGGGACUUAAUAUUAGUGAUGACUGAUUAUAUCAUUCAUUAUUCUCAUCAAAGAACUGUGAUACCGUAAUCGUUGAUAGUACACCAGCGCAAUAAUGUACUUCCAUAUGAUAAUCUAUAAUACAAUAAAGAA